CUUCUCCCCCCCAACACCACUGAGGGGGGCGUGGAUUCCUCUCCAGCUGUUGUUGGUCCACGUGGUUUGGACCACCUUAGGGAAAAGUGCAAUGACAUGCCGAGGAGGGAGGAGGGAAGGGGUGGAAUCGGCAGGGCUUUAUAACCCUAUAUGCAGCAACCCUGUGGUGUCCAGCCCCUUUUUUGCCAGGGACCAAGGCUGCUCCGGUCCCCUUUGGAGAGGUUCCUGCACCAUGGCCUGCCUGCUGUGGUUGCUCCUGGUGGUUCCAGAGGUAGCAGCAACUUUCCGGCUGGACGCCUCUCCGUUCAUCAUCUCGGAGAGCGACCGGGAAGAAUCGUCCUGCGUGGUCGAGUGCCCCCAUGAGCGCGGACGGCCGAUCUGCGCCUCGGAUGGGAAGCUCUACAAGUCGCCCUGCGUCUUCCAGAAAGCGCGGUGUCGGGAGCCUUCCCUUGAAGCCUGGCCUCGCUUCCGCUGUGGUGGGGCAGCCCACCGAGAGCCCAACAGCACCAAUUUUACCCGCUGCCAGGAAGACCGGAUGGCUGCUCUCUCCCAAUCCCAGCGCCAAGCCCACACCGCUUACAUCCCAGAAUGUGAUGAAAAUGGCUCCUUCCAGCAGGUCCAGUGCCAUAAACAGACAGGAUACUGCUGGUGCUCCACACCAGAAGGCAAGCCGAUUAGUGGGACCUCAGUACUGAAUGGAACGCCGAAUUGUACAGGGCCCUACACCGUGCGAACGUCAUGGCAAAAUCCGAACUCGUCCCGGAGAGAAGAAGGCGUCCGGCCCCGGCCAACCCAGCCAAGCCCCCAGCCCCACAAACAGGAAGAGGGAACCUCCCUGCCCUUCUUGAUCCCCAUCAUCAUCCCGGACGUCAAGCCCAACCGCACGGCGAAGGAAGCUCAAGAAUAUCCGCCCUCGUGUGAGCAGGAGCGUCGCGAAGCCAUCGAGGAGGCCCGGCAGCACCAACAGGAGGGCACCUUCGUGCCCGAAUGUGAAGGAGACGGCACCUACAAGGCGGUCCAGUGCCACCAGGCCACCAGCUAUUGCUGGUGCGUGCGAGUGGACACCGGCCGGCCGAUUCCGGGCACUUCCACACGGUCAGUGUUGUCUUCUCCUUCGUUGGAAGCCGCCAGCAUCGAUUUCACGGCAGUUGGGGGUGUGUGUGCAGUGCUGUGUUUUGGUCUGAACUUCACAGUCACAGUCCUGACUCCUGAACCCUCUCCCUCAAAACAGGGAAUGAUCCUAGUUCAGGAUCAGAACCCACCUUGA